AGAGAGAGAAAAAAAGCAGCUCUGGUUGGUUGCUACUGUUGCUUCAUCUAUCCAUUUUCUUUCUUUCCUUUUCUUUUUUUUUUUUUUGGGGAAAUUCUUGAAAGGAAAAAAAAGGGUCCAGUUCUGGCUGUUCAUCCACCUCCAUUGUGUGGAUCUUUUCCGAUUUUUGUGGGCUGGAUCCGAGUGGACUCAGUGUUUGUUUGAAUCCCGGUUGAGAUGUGAACUCAGCUGUGGAAAGGGUGAAGGAAAAGCGAAAUGUCGGCUUCUCUAGCCGCAUUUGAACGCCCUCGUGUUGUGAAUUCGAAUACGAUAUUCAAGAGCGGGCAUCUGCUCAUAUCUUCUAAAGGGCUCGGGUGGAAGUCUUGGAAGAAGCGAUGGUUUAUCCUUACACGUACCUCAUUGGUUUUCUUCAAGAAUGAUCCUAGUGCACUUCCGCAGCGUGGUGGUGAAGUAAAUCUGACUUUGGGUGGCAUUGAUUUGAACAAUUCAGGGAGUGUUGUAGUCAGAGAAGACAAGAAACUGCUGACUGUUCUGUUUCCUGAUGGACGUGAUGGACGAGCAUUUACUCUUAAGGCAGAGACAUUGGAGGACUUGUAUGAGUGGAAAACAGCCCUUGAACAUGCUCUUGCACAAGCGCCAAGUGCUGCUCUUGUGAUGGGACACAAUGGGAUAUUUAGAAGUGAUACUAAUGAUACAAUUGAAGGGUCUUUCCCUCAAUGGAGAGACAAACGCCCAGUUAAAUCUUUGGUUGUUGGACGUCCAAUUUUGCUUGCAUUAGAAGAUAUAGAUGGGGGGCCAUCCUUCCUGGAGAAAGCACUUCAGUUUCUUGAGAAGUAUGGAAUCAAAGUAGAAGGUAUUCUGCGGCAGUCUGCAGAUGUUGAGGAAGUGGCUCGAAGAGUUCAAGAAUAUGAACAAGGCAAGACUGAAUUUGGUCCGGAUGAGGAUGCCCAUGUCAUCGGCGACUGUGUUAAGCAUGUUCUUCGCGAGCUACCUUCUUCUCCUGUUCCUGCAUCCUGCUGCACAGCUUUGUUGGAAGCCUACAAAAUUGACCGGAAAGAAGCUCGGAUGAACGCAAUGCAGUCUGCUAUACACGAAACAUUUCCUGAACCCAAUAGGCGCCUCUUACAAAGAAUUCUUAAGAUGAUGCAUACUAUUUCCUCCCAUGCUUCUGAGAAUCGGAUGACUCCAUCAGCAGUUGCUGCUUGUAUGGCUCCAUUGCUCUUACGCCCGCUCUUAGCUGGUGAAUGUGAACUGGAGGAUGAUUAUGAUGUCAAUGGAGAUAAUUCUGCUCAGCUUCUUGCUGCUGCCAAUGCUGCUAACAAUGCCCAAGCAAUUAUUACAACACUCCUUGAGGAGUACGAGAAUAUUUUUGAUGAUGAUAGUAUGAACAGAUGCUCCUUGUCUGCGGAUUCUCAAUCUGCUAGCAGUAGAAGCGAAGAGAUGAGUGAUGAUGAAAAUCCUAACAUAAAUGCGAAUGGUUAUCAUGAUGCUGAAAAUGAAGUUGACCCUGAAGCAGAUUAUGACCAUGAUCGCAGACUCAGUGGGAAGUUAAGUGAAAGCAGUGGCUCUGCUGCCAGCGAUCUGUAUGAGGCAAUUGGGAAUGGUGAUUCAGACGAUGGAUCAUCCACUCACAAUGGUACUUUGGCAACAAAAUUAAAUCCAACACUGGACCCUAGACCUCUUACGGAUCCUAAUCUUUCAGUUAUUGAGCAACUAGACCAACAGAAGGCAUGUGAAAACACGAUGGAUGCUUCUGCUGAAAUACUUGGUAAUGACUCACAGAGAUCUAUGGGAGAUAUUUUGUCAUCUAUGGGUCAAGAGCUAAAUCAAUCUAUUCCUGGACCUGAACUAUUGGCUGAUAAGACAAUGCCCAAACUUACAAACUCCAGUCUCAAUACCAAGAAAUCAGCAUUUUGGGGAAGAAAAAAUGCCAGGAGAACUCCUUCAACUGAAUCAAUUGAUUCUUCUGGGGAGGAAGAGCUUGCCAUCCAACGAUUGGAGAUUGUGAAGAAUGAUUUGCGUCAAAGGAUUGCCAAAGAGGCAAGAGGAAAUGCAAUUCUGCAAGCUAGCUUGGAGAGAAGGAAACAAGCUUUGCAUGAGCGUCGGUUGGCACUUGAACAAGAUGUAGCAAGAUUGCAAGAACAGUUGCAAGCUGAGAGAGAUUUACGAGCUGCUCUGGAAGUUGGCUUAAGCAUGUCUUCUGGGCAGUUUUCUGGCUCCCGUGGCAUGGAUUCCAAGACAAGGGCUGAGCUGGAGGAGAUAGCUCUUGCUGAGGCAGAUGUAGCCAGAUUGAAGCAGAAAGUUGCUGAACUUCAUCAUCAGCUAAAUCAGCAGCGGCAGCAUCACUAUGGUCUUUCAGAUGCAAUUGACCGUUAUCAACAUGCUCCAGAUCAAAGUUUGCAGCAGAAGUAUUUCCAGCAAGAUUUUGAUACAACACUUGCUGUUUGUAAUCAUGAGAGAAAACAAAGGACUGAGGUGAUUGUUCCUUUUCCUUUUGAGUUCUUGGGGGCAGAACCAAGAACCACCAAGGGACCAUUAUUGACAUCUGGCAGUAGUAGGCAGCCUUCUAGGAAGCAGUUGAUGGAAUCAACGAGUCCGGCUGCUUCUAAAAGCAGUGAAGCGUCCACAUCUGUUGACAAUCUUUGUGCUGUUGAUUCUGCAUCUUUACCUUCCACUUCUAGGGUUCCUGAGGUGAUGGAAUAUCCUCGACAUCCAGCAGCAGCAUCCUCAACUUUGGUAGAAUUGACAACACGUCUCGACUUCUUCAAGGAAAGGAGAUCUCAGCUGAUGGAACAACUCCACAACCUGGACUUAAACUACGGAUCGACACCUCAAGAUUUUGUGUAUAAACUCUCGUCUCCUCCUUGGAACUAGACGUUCUUGCUUCUGGGUGGAAAUGCUGCCAUCUUUUCAUUGUACAGUCUUUACACGAUGGUAUAUAAUUGUGUUUCGUGUUUGAAGUUUGCUGCUGGAGUAGUCCACUCCAGAGAGCUCGUGUUUUUUCGUGUUUGUUUUUCAUGGAGAAUAUGUAAGUAGGGUCUACGCUGUCGAAUUCUGGUUCCUAUAGAUUUUCUUAUGGAAUAUAACGCGGUUUAAAGAUUAACUGCACUGUCUUAUUAUUCGUAUGCAGAUUGUUGUACUGAAAGUAUGCUUUGAUUUGACAUUGUAGAGUUUGGACUGAAACGUGGGACAAAUGUUAUUGCACAAACAGUUGUUCUUGGCUGCUAUA